AAGUUAAAAGUUGAAAGUUACUUCUAAUUUGCGAAUAUGUCAACGGUGUUUUGAGAAAGUAGCGUAAUUAUUAAAAGAUUAACGUAUAAUUCGUAACUUCUUCAAACCAAUAAUAAGUAAAUAAAAAACAAUCAUAACGACUUAUGAGUAAAGGUUUAUUGAUAAAGAAGGCAUGGAACAUUUUAUAAACAAGAGAGAACAGAAUUCAAUAUAGUGAUCAGAGAAGAGAGAGCAAAGGGAAAGGGUUAAUCCUCAGCAAUGGGCUCUCACCUUUCCAAACAACUCGAGCGGCGAAAAGCCAUCUCCACGGAGAAGAAAGCCCUCACCGAUCUCGAGAAAUCGUGCGGCUGCGAGUUUCCGGGGUGUGAUUACAUGCCUUCCGAUCGUAAAAACUGGAUGGCCGGCGUUGGACCUGAAAAGCUUCACAUCAACAAGAUCGUCUGGCCUGGGACGCACGACUCUGCCACCAACAAAAUCGGUAUCCGAUUCGUGUCUCGUCCCUUUGCUAAGUGCCAAUCUCUCUCCAUCUAUAACCAGCUCGUGGCGGGUACUCGAGUCCUUGACAUUCGUGUCCAAGAAGAUCGCCGUGUAUGCCACGGUAUCCUCAAGACUUAUAGUGUCGACGUUGUCUUGGCCGAUCUCAAACGGUUUCUAUCCGAAACAGAGUCGGAGAUUGUCAUUCUUGAGAUCAGAACAGAGUUUGGACACGAAGACCCACCGGAGUUUGAUAAGUAUCUUGUGGAACAGCUUGGAGAGCAUCUGAUUCACCAGGACGAUCACGUGUUCUCCAAGACAGUCGCUGAGCUGCUUCCCAAGAGAGUGAUCUGCGUUUGGAAACCGAGGAAAUCGCCUCAGCCUAAGCAUGGUGAUCCUCUUUGGAGCGCUGGUUACCUUAAAGACAAUUGGAUCGAUACAGAUCUUCCAUCGACCAAAUUCGAGAGCAACAUCAAGCAUUUGAGCCAGCAGCAACCAGCUACUUCAAGGAAAUUCUUUUACCGGGUGGAGAACACAGUGACGCCGCAGCCCGAUAACCCAAUAAUGUGUGUAAAACCGGUGACUAAGAGGAUACAUUGCUACGCCAAGGUAUUCAUCAUAGAGUGUGUAAAAAGAGGAUGUGCUGAUAAACUGCAGAUAUUCUCAACUGAUUUCAUAGAUAAUGAAUUUGUUGAUGCUUGCGUUGGGCUCACCUUUGCGAGAGCUGAAGGUAAGGCCUGAGGAAUGAGCGUGUGGAGACAGACUUUGUGUAUCUAUUUUGAAGGAAAAGAAUCAGAACAUGGUUGAUGUGUUUUAGGGUUGCUUGUGUAUAAGAGAACAUGUGAGUGUGUAUUUGUAUGUGUGUGUGAUUUACGAGUGUAUAUUCCAAUUCAUUACAACUUAUUUGAAUCCUGAUACAAUUGCGAGAUAUCCAAACUCUUCAUUACUAUUAAUUUCUGAUACUUUUGCAGAUGUUGUAGUUGAUAGACAGGCAAAACAGAAGGAAGAAGUAUACAGUUGAUGGUAAAAUCUAGUUUUAACAAGUGAAAGAGAGCUGCUAACCUGAGAGAUGACUAUAUUUCUGCAGCAAUGCCCCUUUUUAUUACACACUACUGUGAUCUUCAAGAACAAAAAGAUAAUAGAAUCAGUUAUGCUAGAAUUCAU